GAGGCGAGCAGAGAAGCCAAUACGAGCCGGGGCGAGGUUUCGGUGGGCAGCGGUAGGUACGCGCGGUGAAGCCAAGAAGGGGGACCAGAGAGAGAGGGGGAGAGAGAGGGAGCGAGCGAGGGCGAGGUGGCUGUAGGAUCUCGAGAAGGGAGAAAAGGGCAGCGCGGAAUCGGACGCCGAUCGGUCUCCCACCGCCGGCCAGCCUUGCAAAAUCGUCAUCGUCGUAGUAUAAAGAGGAAAAGGAAAGGAAGGGAAAAGAUGAACGAGGUGUUGACCGCGGCGGAUGUGGCAUCGUCGUCGAGGACGUCGAUGGCGCCGCCCUCUUCUACCUCGUCCCUGGCCUCCAAUCUUCCCCUCGUCUCCGCCUUCUUCGCCUUCUCUCUCGCACAGUUCCUCAAGCUCUUCACCACCUGGUUUAAGGAGAAGAGAUGGGAUUCUAGAAGGUUGCUUGGGUCAGGUGGAAUGCCUUCAUCACAUUCAGCUACUGUUGUAGCUCUUGCUGUGGCUAUAGGUCUACAAGAAGGAGCUGGCAGCUCUUCAUUUGCUCUUGCUGUGAUUUUGGCAUCCAUUGUAAUGUAUGAUGCAUCUGGGAUUAGAUUGCAUGCUGGCCGGCAAGCUGAGUUGUUGAAUCAAAUAGUAUGCGAACUGCCACCGGAGCACCCUUUAUCUAGUGUUAGGCCUUUACGUGAACCUCUUGGACACACCCCACUUCAGGUUUGUGCAGGUGCUGUCCUGGGCUGCUUUGUAUCAUACCUGAUGAGAUAUUCAGGAUGAGAAGAAAUUUGACCUUGUCUGCCAUAAUUGGUUCUGAUGGAAAUGGGGGUCAAUUACAUAACUGAAAUCAAUCCUAGCUUACCAACAAGUGAUACUUCCCUCAUUAAUAUUAGCUUUGUGUGGGCAUAGAUUCUUGAUGAACUCCUGAAUCUGUUCAGUAAAAUAAGCUUUUGCACUUGUGUUAUAGAUAGUAAAACUCUUGAUUCUCCCUGCAAAAAUUUAAGCACAAAGCCACCAAAUGAUGAAAGAUGGUACAAUAUUUGUGCUUACCCUUUUUUUAUAAAUAUUUGGUUCUAACC